CAGACGGGUGGAUAACCAGACCGCUACAUUGUAGCGGGGUUCUUCUAGCGUUAAAAUAAUGGGCUGUUUUGUGACGCGCUGUGGAAAAACUAGCCCCGCUGUCAUUAGAUUUGCAUAUGCAUGAGGGGGGCGGUGCCGGGGUUUGACAGCGACCCGCAGCUGUGAACUGUGUCCAGCGCCGUCAACCCCUCUCAUAUCUCGGCGUCUCCCUCGUCACACCGACGCCGGUGGAGCUCGGAGGACGUAACCCAACGCAACACGCAGCUGUUUAAAGUCGCAAAAUGUCUCGGGCUUCGGAGAGACUCAAAGCGGUCUUCGGUCACCUUGGUAGAUCGCCUCCUUCGGUCCAAGCCUCACCUACAUCUGGCCAAAUCACCCCCUACUGCAACUCACAAGUGUUUAGGUACACAAAUGACACUGACGUCCUGACCCCCGAGCAGCGACUCUUCUACGAGGAGAAUGGCUUCAUCCUCAUCAAAAACUUGGUGUCAGAGGAGGAUAUUGACCGUUUCAGGAUGGCGUUUGAGCGGAUCUGCAGGAGGGAGGUGCAGGUUCCUGGGCUGCUGGUGAUGAGAGACGUGGCCAUUGCAAAAUCGGAGUUUAUUGAAGAUCAGAAAGCCGUCUCCAAAGUUCAAGACUUCCAGGAAGACCCAGAGCUGUUCCGAUACUGCACCUUACCACAGAUUCUGAAGCAUGUGGAGUGUUUCACUGGUCCUAACAUCAUGGCCAUGCACACCAUGCUCAUCAACAAGCCUCCAGACGCAGGGAAGAAGACCUCCCGCCACCCUUUGCACCAGGAUCUUCAUUACUUCCCGUUCCGCCCAGUGGACAAAAUAGUUUGUGCCUGGACGGCCAUGGAGAGAAUCAACCGAAAAAAUGGAUGCCUGGUCGUCCUGCCAGGAACACACACCGGCACACUGAAAGAGCAUGACUACCCAGAGUGGGAGGGUGGGGUGAAUAAGAUGUACCACGGCGUGCGUGACUACAACCCCGAGCAUCCCAUGGUGCACCUGGAGAUGGAGAAAGGGGACACAGUCUUCUUCCAUCCGCUGUUGAUUCACGGCUCCGGGAUGAACCAGACACAGGGCUUCCGCAAGGCCAUCUCCUGCCAUUAUGCCAGCGCAGACUGUUAUUACAUAGAUGUGAUGGGAACCACGCAGGAGAACAUUUGGCAGGAGAUGAAAGAGAUUGCAGCCAGGAAAUACGAUGUGGAUGACAGCAUCACCUGCCAGGACACAUGGGCUAUCCGGGGACGCCUGGUGAAAGGAGAAAGGACCUCCCUGUGAAGGAGCCUGCACGCCUUAAAACUCUACUAGCUGAUCAUCACCAGCGGGCAAACCCGUGUAGCGGCAGUGUGUCAGCGCAGGGCUGUGACAAGGGGACAAGAGGGAGUCUCAAGUUAGGUAUCAUAUCCCUCAAAUCAAGGCCUUCCUCUAACCUGGGAUUUAUUGAGGUGUGAGCGGGAGGGGACACCGAUUCUUCUGAUGCACAAACCUGAAUCAUAAAGGCACUUGCUGUGAGUUGGAGCGGAGGGUGAGGAACAGGUUGGGAGAGCGAGAGAAAGAGAGAGCACGGGUGAGAGACUGAGGACGAGGUGGAGAAGUGGCAUUAAAUAUGUAAGAACGACAUAUACUUAGGUGGAAAUGCUGGUAGGGUCAUCGCCUUUCGCCGCCAUCUCUGACAAACAAUUCAGGUAAUAGGUUGUUAUAACGCACCUUGUUGCCUUAAGCUUUCAUGUUGAUACUGUUUUAAUUGUUUCACAAUGAAUUUUGUGUUGAUUUUGUUUGAGUUGUUGUGUUGUUUGAACAUGAUGUUCCCGUUCUAACGUAAUCAGAAAUAAACUGACUGCUGUGAUAAC